AUGGCCUUAGCAGCUCGGUCCAUGGGCCGUUCGGCCCUCUCGCUAACCCGGCGAGGCCCAAUCGCCAUCCCCAUCCGUUCCUUCUCCGCCACGCCGUCAACUUCCCGGGCCAGGACCUCGUCGCCGUCCACCUUAGACGACAUGCCCACCAUGCCGGACUACUCGCCAGACCUGCUGAGCAAGGAGGAGAAGUCGAUGUACGAUAUGCUGUCCCCGGAGGAGCGGGUGCAGUUCGACGCCGAAAACCGACGCAUGGUGGCCGAAUUCAACGACCCCGAGAAGCGAGCGAACGCCCUCGCCGACCUGAACCGGGAAGUCGCCAACCUGGAGCGAGGCGGGCUGCGAUUCGAGGACAUCCGCGAGAAGAGGCCUGGUUUCUGGGCUGAGGAGGAAGACGACGAAUUCGGUCUCGUUGAGGACGCGGACGACGAGUUCCGCGAGGAUGAAAUGACCUCCAUGGCUCAUGCGGAGGUCGAAUUGCACCGCGACAUCCGAGAAUGGACUCGUAUUGCUGCUUGGGAUAUGCCGUUCUUGAGCCAACUGGCUCGCCCCUUCACCCUCCCCCCGGACACUCACAUCCUUCGAUUCCGCUACACGUCGUAUCUAGGCGAGCAGCACCCCGCCGAAAGCAAGGUCGUCAUGGAAGUCAGCACGCAGGAUCUGGCGCCGAAGUACGUCUCUGCGGCGCAGCUGCAGACGCUCCUCAAGCUCGUCGGUCCGCGCUACAACCCCAACACCGAGAUCAUCCGCAUGUCGUGCGAGAAGUUCACCACCCGCGCCCAGAACAAGCGGUACCUCGGCGAUCUCAUCAACACGCUCAUCAAGGAGGCCAAGGAGGGCGACUCCUUCAGCGACGUGCCCCUCGAUCUGCGCCACCAGAAGCCCGAGCGCAAGCUCCGCUUCCCCGAGGCCUGGAAGAUGACCGAGGAGCGCAAGAAGCAGCUCGAGGCGAACCGUGCGGAGAGGAAGCAGUCGGAGCUGGAGAGGCAGGCCCUGGUCGAUGGAAAGUUGGUUAUUGCGGAGGCUGUGCGGAACGUGCCAUCGUUGAACCCGGCUUUGAAUGCGAAGGCGAAGCAGGAGCGGGAGAAGGUUGCUGUUAAGGUUGGGGGUAAGAGGCGCUGA